AGUGGAGAAGAAGACUUCCCUGGCUAUGGAGGUACAGGGUGAAGCGUCCCAUCCCAGUCUUAGCCUGUGACCCUCCGGAGAAGUCUCAGAGAAGAUUGAAGAGGAUCAGAAAGGGGAGAGAGGGAGGAACCGACAGGACGGACUCACCUGUGGCUAUGGUUGUCCUCCACCUUCACUUCUUUAGUGCUGCAUCUAGAAGGCCCCUGUGUUUGUUGCAGUUGGUCUUGGACUUCUUCCGGGAGUAUGGCUAUGGCGGAUUGAGGUGAGAGAGGCAUAGUAGAGAUUGCGUUGUCCUUUGAGCGGGGAUGUUCCGCUACAGUGGUAGACUGGUAGUCACAACCGAGGAGAGAGAGGUGAGGUUCUUUCGGUGCUGCCAAUAACGGGAAAUGCUCAGGACAUCAUUCCUGUUCAUCCAUUCAUUCAUUGCUUUAAUUGAUUAUGAGGAGCGGUAGGGGAGAAGAGAUGACAGAAGGAAGAAGUGAGGGGGAAGACGUUGGUUGAACUCGUGUAACUUAGAUUAUUCUUUUCAUUCUGCUCCGCUCUUUAUCUCUCUCCACUUGUUUUGAGAUUCUGCAAGUCUUGCAUGUUCUCGCAAUUUGAGUUUUGCAUUAUGGAUGUGGCAGGAUCAUACCCGUGACCGUAUAGACACACAAAGAGAGAGAGAGAGAGAGAGAGAGAGAGAGAGAGAGAGAGAGAGAGAGAGAGAGNAGAGAGAGAGAGAGAGAGAGAGAGAGAGAGAGAGAGAGAGAGAGAGAGAGAGAGAGAGAGAGAGAGAUCAUUGUCAUGGGUUCCGCAAUGCAUUGGGAAGGUGGCAGGAUUGAGAUCGGCAGACCGCCUGACGACGAUGUGUCAGUGACGACCGGGAUCUCGACACCUAUGGGCACCUCGCCCUCUCCGGGCAGCCUCACACCUGUACCGGGAUUUGCCCAGGGGGACUUCGAUGACAAAACUGCUUACACUCUGACAUUUCAGAACCUGACGUACAAGGUGACCGUGAAGAAAGGCAGCGGCCCUGGAGGCAAGUCACAGAAGGACUUGUUGAAGAGCAUCAAUGGAGAGGCUCGCCCUGGGGAGAUCUUGGCCAUUGUGGGUCCGUCGGGAGCGGGGAAAUCCACACUCCUGGACGCGCUUGCUGGUCGCAUCACGGCCACAAGCCUAGAGGGCGUCAUUCUGGCCAACGGGAAACCCAUGGACAGCAAGCAGUUCCGCAAGCUCUCGGGUUACGUUAUGCAAGAUGAUGCCCUGUUUCCGCAUCUCACAGUGAAAGAGACGUUGAUGUUCAGCGCUCGUCUCCGGCUUCCUGGUGACAUGCCGAUGCACGUCAAAGCCGCGCGCGUCGACAUGCUUAUCGCGAUGUUGGGCCUACGUGAAUGCGCACACACCCGGAUAGGCAACGAGCAAGUCCGCGGUGUAUCGGGGGGCCAGAAGAGGCGGGUCUCCAUCGGUGUGGAUCUGAUCCAUGACCCCGCCGUUCUGUUCCUGGACGAGCCCACCUCUGGACUCGACAGCACCUCCUCGCUGAACGUGGUCCAGAACUUGUACCAGAUUGCGACCACUCGCCGGCGCACCAUCUUGUUGACCAUUCACCAGCCUAGCUUUCGCAUCCUGGAGCUUAUCCACAACCUCAUGAUCUUGGCACGUGGCUCCUUGGUGUACAGCGGUAGUUACCCCGACCUGUCGCUCUUUCUGACCGACUACGGCAGACGCGUCCCCGACCAUGUCAAUGUGCUGGAGUUCGCUCUGGACGUGAUCGAGGAGCUGCAGGAGUCGCCGCACGGUGUCCCUUCCCUUGCUCACUUCCACUCUACCAGAUCCAAGCUGCAGCAGCCCCCUUCCUUGGCUGGGCUGAGCAAUAUCGGACAGCUGGCAGACGAUGCAGACUACGCCACAGGUCCAUUGCUGGAGACGUGGACUCUCUGCCACCGCAACGUCGUCAACGUCGCUCGCACUCCGGAGUUGUUCGUGUCCGGGCUAGGACUGAUGCUGGUCAGGGGACUGGUCCUGGGUUCGCUUUUCUACGACGUGGAAAACGACAAGAGGGGUACCUUGGACAGGAGCUCCUUCGUUGCCUUCACUUGUGCCCUUACGCUGUUUGGCACCAUCGACGCUCUGCCCAUUUUCUUGCUGGAAAGGAACAUCUUCAUGCGCGAGACGAGCCGAGGAGCCUAUCGCACUUCUUCCUACGCCGUUGCCAACGGCGUGGUUUUCCUCCCCUUCUGGUUCAUCCAGGCCUUGCUGUUUACCCUGGCUUCUUACUUCUUGGUCGGUCUUUCUCUUGAUCCCUCUGCCUUUUUCCAAUUCACCACCAUCAUGUUUCUCACCGUCACCGUCGGCAACACGUUCGUCACAUUCUUGAGCUCUCUGGUGCCCGACUUCAUCGUCGGCAACACCGCCAUCUCUGCGGUCACCGCUUUCAUGUUCCUCUUCUCCGGCUUCUUCAUUCCUAAGGCUAACAUUCCUCACUACUGGAUCUGGCUGCACUACAUCUCGAUGUUCAAGUACCCGAUAGAAUCGCUGCAGAAGAACGAAUACCAGCACAUAGACCACUGGCAAGCCGGGAUCUCCGGAAGCGACGUCGCCCGCCAACUGGGUCUUGGGGAUGUGAGCAUCAGAGUCAACAUUGCCGUUAUGGUAGGGAUGGUGGUUGUCUAUAGGGUACUCUUCUAUGCUGGUCUUCGAUGGAGGAGCUCCUAUACGCGAAAGUAACUGCUAUACGACGGCGGCUGUUCUUGGGGAAAGGUGGCUGCUGCUGCAGCUCAGUGGAAUAGUGGCGAAGGAGACUGCUAUACGACGGCGGCUGUUCUUGGGGAAAGGUGGCUGCUGCUGCAGCUCAGUGGAAUAGUGGCGAAGGAGUUAUUGAUGACGGGUGAUGAAGAUGAAGAAGAAGAAGAUGAUGAUGAUGAUGAUGAUGAUGGUGAUAGCCGUUGCCCCUUGACGACACUAUGGGGGUACAUUCAAAGUGCAGUGCAAGAAGCAGAACUCGUCCUCGACAACCACUUCAAGCAAAUGCUAUGGACACAUCUACGUCAAGUGCCCGAUUUGCAAAUUGUAUGCGCAUCAAAGAUUGCAGGGUCGACCCCAACGGCCCUUGGAGCAAGAAUAGGAGGGCAGCUACCCGACAGCGCCUCUUUGGCUGGAGGGACAGAUGGAAUUGGAGCAGGUGGGCUUGGAGAUGGGGUGUUCAAAUCACAAUCUUCGGGUGGAACAAAAGCUGCAGCCCUGAAAUCCCGGACCUUCAGUGUUGUGAUGUAUGCCAUUCCAGCUGACCAUCCCAGUAUCGAGAACGUCCAGGGUGCAGAAAGUGUGGGUGUUGUAGGUGUUCGUGUGGUUGCCCCAAAGACCAUGAGAGAUGCUGCAAUGGGAAUCUAUGAAAUGGACAAGUCCGAGUACUCCUUAACGGACAUUCAAUAUGGCACCCUCGAGCGCCUUGCAAAGGCUAGGCGGCAAGGGGUGCUACAGAAUUUAUUGGCAAAGGAGUUCAAUAUGAACAAUAACAAUUAUUUCUAUGUUGUCCGGCGACUUGAGGCGCUAGGGCUCGCGGUGAGGCGGCCAACACUCAUUCGGGAUAGCAAGGUCAAGGGGAAAGCAGUCACUACGAACACUGUGUAUCUCUCCCGAUAUGCACAAGAAGUGAUGCUCGACCCUAACCAACGGUUGGAAAUGCUGAUUGACAUGACCGGAAGGUCCGGUAUGGAAGAUCCACUUGGAGGUGAAGACCUGGCGGGGAAAGCAGCUGUUGCGGAUGACGUGCCAGCAUUGCGAAUGAUAUGUGAAAAGCUGGAAGAAGUCGAUGGGAAGGUGCUUGUUGAAGCAGAGCUUAAGGUGAAUCUAGGCUAUCGACUGGCAUCUGGACAUCGAGCCUGGAGACGUUUGAAGAAACGGCUUGAAGAUGCAGGGGUCAUCCAGGUCUUCCCAGCACAAGUGGAUGAGAAGGUGGUCAAUUGUGUACGGCUCUUGAAGAAAUUUUCUAUGGAUGCUCUCAGGCCAGGGGAUGAAGAUGGUGAAGGCGACAUGCAACGAGGAAUGCGGCAGGGAGAAGUUUCGGAGUUGUUGGCGGAGAUUCCUCUGGAAAAUCAAAUUUAUGAUAUGGUCAAUGAUGCUGGCCCUGCUGGACUACUGGUGACAGAGCUUUUCAAGCGUUUGGGACUGGACAACAAGCGAAACUAUUUCCGGGUGAGUGCGCUUCUUGCUAGUGGUGACCUUCUUUGUGAGUCAGAGAACGUGAAGAGGCAGACACUCUACCGGCUGAAGACAGCAGAAUUUGCACAAUUACAUGCUGCCCAAAAGGCCUUGGGAGAAGAGAUCAGCAGAGGAGGCAUGCUGCCAUUGGAUAAUAACGCUAAUGUGGCUGCUAUCACCAUGCCAACCUCUUGUUCUGCUUCAAUUGUCAGCAGGACACCAUCGACGCCACAGGUGACCCAUGAUAUGCUUUGUAGUCCGCAGAGGAAUGCACUCUCAACAAAUGGUCACCCAUACUGCAAGGAAGGCAACUAUUCAGGAUCUGGGUUCCUAGCCUUGUCAUCAGUGGGGGGUAAUACACAGCGAGCAGCAGUUGAAUUGAAUGCACAAGGGUUCCCUGGAUUGGACAUUAUCCAGGAUGGAGCUUCUUGCACUCCGCAGAGCAUAAACUAUCUUGGAAGAAUUGGUGCUCAGGGGAAUGCGCUCCGAGAUUCUGGCUUGAGCGAUCUGAACAAUGGUGCUGGCCAGCAGCAGGAGGUUGAACAACAUCCCGUCAAUAUCGGUGAGGGUAUGUGCACAAGGAAGAGAGGAAGACAUGGGUGGGAGUCUGAGAUUUCUGGAGACGCAGAUGGAACUGAGUCGACCAUGUCAAAGGCAGCGGAAGGGUCUGGACAUGGUAGAUACGGGAAACAAGGAGCAAUACGUGGAGUGGGAAGAGGUGGGAGGGGCAGAGGAAGGCAAAGAGGAGGUAGGGGCCGAGGGGCCAAACAAGAUUCUCUUCCGGGCAUUGGUGGAGCUGAUGAUUGCUCCAGGAGUGUGGUCGUCGACCUUCAUUCAGCGCAACCAAUGUCGAUGACAUCGCUUGUGUUAUCUGGUGUCAUGUCGAGUCCACUAGAUGUUCCUGAUCCUUCUGCCUUGCAAGUUGUGCCUGCCACCUCACCUGCUGGAAAUCAUAUUCCAAUUACAGCAUCAGCAUGGCAGGAUUUCCAAACACUAUCCGCAACACAGCCAAGUCCUAAGAGACAACAGCUGCAAAAGAGCGGUCAGCCAGGCUCAGCAUUAGUUGCCUCUGAAUCCUCAUUGACGCCAACAAUGAUGGGGGCGACCCAUGGAUCUGUUUCUCUUCUGGAGAAUUCAGUGGAUCCUGCUCUUACGCAAAACUUCCAGCCACCGCAUUCGAUCCAAUCUUUCCCUCCUCCCACACAAGACCCUCAAAGAGCUGGUGGGUUGGUUAUGCCCUGCCCUCCUGCCUCUCCUUCCUCAGGUCAUGUGAUAAGUGGGAAGUCAAUCGGUGACAUUCGUGAUGAUUCCUCCAUGUACAUGGAAGGCCGAAGGGAGGGUCAAAUGGUAGAGUUGCCACCACUGCUGCUAUCAAAUCCUCAGCCUGCAUCUCUUCAACAGCAGAUUCAGCCAGCACUUGUGCAGUCAUCCUCUGGUCAGGUGGUCACUGCACAUGAGAUGCCACUUAGUAAGCAAGUGAAGGAAAGGUCUACAAGGUCAGGGCCGUACUAUCUCGGGGCAGUGUUUGGUUCUCAGAGUAUGCUGCGAGAGGAACGGGUCAUGAAAAGACUGAAGGAGGAACGCUUCAUCAUUCGCUGGGAUCUUCACCGCUGGAUUCAAGAAGUGGAAGGCCGAGUGGAUGGAAUGCUUGACCGGCGAACUGUCCUUCGCCUCUUGGCACGCAUGCAGAGCGAAGGGAAGCUUAGAACCAUUGUUGUCGGGAUGCCUGGCGUGACGAAUGGUGGGAGAAUGAGGAUGACAGCAGUAGUUGUUGACGCUGAAAUUGAGGUCAGUGACAGCCUCUUAGCAGAGAUGCAUGCACGCAUUCGACAACUCGAGCUUGGUAACAGAGCUGGAUGUGGAAAGAAGAAUGCUGCAGCAGUUGCUGCUGCUGCAAAGGAGGCAUAUGGGGGUCCUCUCCCAGUUCUUACUGGUGUGACAAGGAUGUCUGGCCCACGGCUCGUUGAAAAGCCAAAAGAGACCUUACAUACAGGAGAUGAGAAUCUAGACAUGUAUACAACUAUGCAGAGGAAUGGAUAUGUCCCCGCGAAGAUGAUCCGCGUGCGCAUGCUCCACACCUUCCUCUGGGAGUAUGUGAGAGAAAAGAAAGGACACAAGGGAAGGAAAGCAGGUCCGAAUGGGACGAGUUCUGGAGAGAAAGUGAGUGCUGCUAUAAAUGUCAUGAACCCGGCGGUUUGCGGAGUAGGGGAAGGCACUCCUCCAGACGACACCUAUGGUUUGGGAAGUGAUUGGGCCCGCUGGUCCCGUCGUGGACUUGGGGCCAUGAUCCAGAGCAGCUAUUGGUUCGAUCCCCCUGGGAAAAAGGAGUUAAGCCCAGAUGAUGACGAGUGGGGAUUCUGUAUGAAAGAUGUGUUGAUGGCAAUGCCUCUUGAACUGUUUCUUCAAGUUAUAGGAAAUGCGGAAAAAAUUGAUAGGUUGCUGGAGAAAUGUAAAAAGCGGGUGCUUUUGGGAGAUCUCAGCUGGCAGGAGAGGGAACAGCUCCUGGUAACAAACGCAAGAAAUCGUAUCUCUCAGCUUCUUAACGUUAUGACCCGGCUUAAGCUUCUCCGGCUUGCAUCUACACGGAUUGAUGACACAAGCUACUGGCAAGAGAUUGAAGAGAUGCAGGAACAACAGAGGAAGCAGCUUGAGGCGGGGUGGCGGAAAAAGAAAUUGAAUUUUGCAAUUCGAAUAACAUCAUCGCUUCCUGAAGCGUCCCUUAUGUAUGUCCUUGAACAACAUGUGGUCAUUGAAGAGCCUGCUCCACCAGUGCCCCCAGUCUAUGAAUCAAUGGACUAUGAACCUGCAGAGGAUGCCACACUCCCUAGGAGCCGGCACGAGUUUGACUUGAGGGAAAGAGAAGGGUUGACCAGCUAUUGGCGGCUAUUAGAGUAUUUCUACUCCAGAGCGGAUCCUAUUACUGCUAGUCGGGCUUUCCCUGGCACAGUCACACCGGAGGUGUAUGCAAUGCGUACAUGGACAAGCGUCCGUGUGAUGACAAUUGAGCAGCGUCUUGAGCUUCUGAGGCGUCUGGGAACAAGGAGGACAAGUGCAGAUGAGUGCGCCGAGAUUGCAGAGCAGCUUGGUCUAACUCUUGAACAGGUUCUACGGGUGUCAUAUGAAAAGAACAGAGUGCGGCUGCAGGCAUUGGAUGAUGCAGGCAUUAUGCUAAUGCCUGCACGACCGACAAGGAGUAGGAGCCGGAAAGUAGUUGCUAGUGAUGAUGGCAGCAGCGUACGACUCAAGUCUAUGGAAGACCUGCAGAGAAAGCGAAAAGCAGCAGCUGCAGCACUAUUAUCAGAGGAAAGAUCCCAUGCAAAGGCCUUCCGAAGAGAGAAGCAGGCCAGACAAGCAUCAGCUUCCGUUUUGGGAGACACUGUGGUGCCAAUACUAGAGGUUGGCAGACCGGAUGGCGGGGAUGCACGUAAAUUUGGAGCACAUGGAGAGCAAAUUCAAAAAGGCGGAAAGGACGAUGUUGAACCUGAUGAUGAGGAGAGUGAGGAAGAUGGGGAGGAGGAGCCAUGGGGUGAUUACGUCACGGAUCCGGCAGUGUUUGUUCCCUUCCGUGCCAAGCGGUUCCGAUGGACGGAUGAGGAGGACCGCAUUCUAGUCACUGUCUAUGCCAAAAGGAGGGCAGUCUAUGGCCCUCGCGCAAAGAUGGAGUGGUAUUCGAUGCCUGGGCUUCCUGCUUUACCAAAGAACUGUCAGCGGCGUAUGGCCACUUUGCGUCGCGACCCACGUUUCAGGUGUGCCCUUGCUCGCUUGGUUACGACCUUCACCGAGCGACGCAAUUUGGAGCUUUCUAGGAGAAAGGUUCAGUGGAGGAAGACUGUUGCAGAGGGGGAAGGCAGUGGACUCACGCAAGCUAACGUAUCGGGCAUGGUUGCACCCUCAGUGUCUGAUCUUUUCGCCCUUGACAAGGGAAUCAACAGGGUCAGGGAUGAGCAACAACAAAGGCGGACAGGUUCAGAAGCUGUGAAUGGAGGGAACCGGGGAGAGGUUGAAAACCGCCCCCAAGGAAAUGGGAUGUGGGAUUGGGAUGAUCCAGAUGACCCAAUUCUGUCAGCGGCUGUUGAUGAGGUUGUGAGGGCCAAGAAUGAUGACCGUCUGUGCUUAUCAGCUGGCUGCAUGAAGAGGUCUGAGGCGAAGGGUGGGCUUCGGCAUCAACAUCAUGUGGGAGGAGGGGGAUGGGAUCCGUCAGAAUUUCAGGGGCAAGGUCAAACUGUUAACUGCAGUCUCCUGAGCAACCAUGUGGGGACAGAGUUGGAGGAAAGUAUGCUUACAGAUGGAGGACGAAUUGGAGCAGCUUCAGAUGACGGUGAGAGAGGGGCACCUGGAAGUGUGCUAGGAGGAGCAAAACAGCUGUCUCUCACUUAUCCUGACAGUACAACUGACAAUGCUGAUGCUGCCGAUAAAUCUGGUGGACGAACAAUCAUAUCCAGAAAACCAAGGAGCCUGAAGAGUGACCCAUUCUUGAGAUACUACAAUACGGAGGGUGAUCAUCGACAGCUGGAGGAAGCACGCCGAUCCCUUGCAGUUGCAAAUGCUCUCGAGCUCAUCAAGAUGAUUUUGUUAGUCCGCAUGGAGGGCUGGGUCCCUGAUCUCAUGGCCACGGUAUUGCGGAGGUACAAGGAGGCUGAGGUUGCAUCAGCAUUCAAGCUUUUGCGAAGCUGGGGCUACGUGGUUACUGGGAAGAAUGGACGACCUUUCCAAGUCUCGGCGAAGUUCUCAGAAGGGUGCUUGUGGUCUCCAUUUCCGGCGAAUACAGCCCAGGAGGUCAGGCUGUUAAGAAAGCAGAUUGGAAACGUGCUUUCAUCCGCCAAACAGACUGCUGAUUGGCACCCUCUCCCAGGUGACCCCUCCUGUGGUGAUGCUUUGUACACAUUAGCAUUGGCUGAGGCUGGGCAAAUUGAGAUUGCACCGGUGUUUCCGGGUGAUGGGUCGCUUGGCGAGAUUGGAGAGGAGGUUGUUGGGAAGAGGGCAAAGCCACGCAAGUUCAAGGAUGAGCUUGACAUUGGAUGGCUCAACGGCCGUCGGAUCAGGGGCUUUCCACGAUUGGUAGUUCAUUACCGUCCCGUAUGUUUGCCAAUGCCUGUUUCCAUGGAUGUCUAUUCAAAACUUAAGGAAGCUGACAAGAGCAGAGAGGGUGAGGGAGAAGGAAGCAUGAUCCAGAAUGAUGCUGCCGCACACCUUAGAGAUGGAGAGAUGAUUACAGGGAGAGUGGAAACAGGAGAAAAUGUCUGCGCCAAUAGAGUGUGGAAGGCAUCCGGUAAUGUACACCUCGGAGAAGCAGCAGCUAAUCAAUGUCAGGGUGCAGGAGUGCUGACGGUGCCAGAUAAGAACUCAGAAGAUGAAGCAAGGAUAGCGGGGUCAGAUGUAGUAGAUCACGGUCGUACGGUCGAGUCAAGAGAGCGGAGAACUUCCAGCGAUAAUGGGAGCAAUGGGACCGUACAUCGGCAAGCCAGGAUGGGUGAAGGGGCCGUGAUGCGGGUUCCUGGAAGCAGUGGAGGGGCUGUUGGUGGUGACCUUGCAUUCUGUAUUCAAGUAUGCUGUAAAGCCAGUAGUGAACCGGAGGCUGCGUGUGGAAAUGACGGUGACGAGGAUGAAGACCAGGAGUUACUCGAUGAACGCAUCAUGAAGAGUAUCUUCCGUAUUAUCAAGCAUGCCGGUGAAGAGGGCAUACAAGUUGCAGAUUUGCUUUCUGAAUUCAACCGACGAGGUAGAAGCGGCAGAGCUGGAGCAACAGAAGAUGCGGGGGAAACUGAAGAAGAUCUUGUUGAGAGUGGAAGCAAGCCUCCACUUUUGAAGAACUGCCUUGAGAAAUAUCUCCAGGCUCUGGUGGCCUUCGGUGUCAUAAGAAAGGUUAAUGGCUUUGAUCACUCAAGAUUUGUGGCAGCGCAGUACACUGGACGGUUCUUCAUGACAGUUCCUCGCCAUCAGCAACAAGCAAGAGUUAAAUCAAAAGCACCUCAGCCAGUUUGUCCGCCUCCACCGCCACCUCCUCCUCCCGCUCCACCUGCUCCAUCUGCUCCUCCACAACCACCAGUAGUUCCACCUUCCUCAGCAGCUAUGCAAGGUUUGGAUCAAGCCUCACAACAGGUGCGGCAGCUGCAACUGAUGCAUUCCGAUUUUCAGUCGUCUUCAGAAGCUUCUCAUGCACAGAUACUGUCCAUGCAGCUCAGUUGUUCACAGUCUCCAUCAUCACAACGAACCCCUGUUUGUCAACCUCACAUGUCCCGCUCAUAUCCGUCCUCCGUGCAACAAAUUUCCAUGGGCCAAGAAGCAACCACGUACCAGCCUUCUGGUUUUCAAAGUUCUUUACUUUCACAGCCAGGGUCUCUUGUCUCUGCCUCUCAGACCCCAGGCCAACUAUAUGGCAUUACAUAUCAGAGUGUGGAUGAGCGAAGGCUAGAAACCGGUGCCCGCGCAGCAGAAAUGGGUCUUGCGGACUUUGGGAGAUGUGAAGUCCGCCAUGCGGCAGGGUUUUCUAGUUGUGAAGGUUACCGAGAUGAUGGUAGGAGCCAGUGGCUCGGCGAUAAUAUGAAUAUCCGUGGAGUUGGGGGGAGAGUGGAGGAUGGGAGACGGAGGGCAGUCAAUGGCGAGAAUGUUUGUGUUGAGAACAACAGCUUCCUCAGGCAGAGGGACAAAGGGACUCCUAUGUUCGGUGCAUGCCAAGCUGGCAGAGGAACAGGUGAAAUGGACAGAUUAGCGAUGGAUUUUGGUGCAGAGAGAGGCAGGGGCAGCUUCCUAGGAGCAAACGAGGGUGCUAGAGCAAUAGAGAUUGAAUGGCAAAGGCAACAGAGUGUUGUGGAAUCAGGCAGAUAUGUCUGUGAGGAGAGGGCACAUCCAAGUGGUGAGGCAUCUAUGGGUAUGAUGACAGGGGUUGCAAGGGACAAUAUCAGUGGGAUGGGACCGAGGUGGGGUUUGGGCUUAGGGCUUGGUCGAGGUUUCGAUGCCAACGCUGGUGGUUACCAGAUGGAUCAAUCCUUUGGAACCGGCAAUGACAUGCUUGGGAACAUUGCCCCUAGUAUCGGUUUGGGCCCAUUAGGAGGUGUGAUGACAGGAGUUAUUUCGGGUGGCAACAUGCCUGUCGGCCUCUCAGGAAUCGAUCCAAGAAUGGCUGGGGGUGAGAUGUCUGGUGGAAUGGCAGGGAACUCCAUACCUGGCAGCAUGUUGUCUGGUGGCAUUUCAGGUGGACUUGUGCCAGGUGGUCUUUUGGCAGGGGAUCUAAUGCAGAGAAGAAUCCAGGGAGGUGUUUUGGGAGGGUGUCUGGCAGAGAAUGAAGGCGUUGGCAAUGGAUCAGGUUUCAAAGGGCCUCCUGGGAUGCCAGACGGAAUGACAGGAGGCCCUGGUAUGCCAGGAGGAGGAGCUCCGGGGGGAGAAAUGGAGGACAGGGUAAUGGCAGGCCUGGGGGUGCAGGAGGCAGGGAUGGGCGGAAGGUUGUCUUGGGGGGGAAUGGGGGCCACAAAUGGUGUGGGCAUGGCAAGCAGAGUGGGAAGCGAAGGCAUGUCAGGGGCUGUGCUGCAUGGAUCGAUAGAGAACACCUCAAUGGUCGCCGGAAUCAUCGGUGGGGAAAUGUCCAGAGGAUUGCCAACAGGGAUGGAAGGGACCAUCGUGCCACCAAUGGCGGACCGGGACAACAGAGGACUUGUUGGAGGACUAAGAGAAGCAAUUCCUGGUGGAUUUGUCAGCAUGAUGGAAGAUAUCACUGGUGAUGUCGGUACUGCAGGGCUGAGGUCAGGGUUGCUAGGAACUCCAGGUGAUGAAGGCAUUACCAGCAGCAAUGCUCUUGAGGUGCCUGCAGUUGCCCCUGCACCUGCCCCUUCGUCCACCUCCGUCGUGCAAUCAGCUGAGAUGACAAGCAAUGACCAUGAGCAAACUGGUGUGAUUGGGAAGGGAGGGGGGAGGGAUGACUGCAGAAUGCAAGAGAGGAAAAAAGAGAGCAAAAUCAUAGAGAAGGAGGAUGGUGUCUCCAUUGUUCCCAUAAGGCCAUGGGUGACAUCCGAUGGAGGUGUGAAUGAGACUUUCAUGAAGGGCCUCAUUCGUCGACUUCUGGGGCUGGUCAUGCAAAAUCCAGGCAUCUCUGAGGAAAAUGUGAUUUCAGCCAUGGAAGUCCUAAAUCCCCAGACUUGCAAAGAUCUUCUCCACAGCCUGGUGGCUGAUGGGCGGCUACACGUGAAAACAGCAGUCACACCUGGCAGGGCAGUUAUCGUCCCCCGGCUGCUUCGCAGCAUGUGGAAAACAACCGAUCACUCGCGGAGUGUCAAAAAGGGAUUGUCACGGCAUUACUUUGCCAGUCCUGCUGCAGCAGAAUGGCUAUAGCAAAACGAGCUUGAGGUUUCAGUCCGGUAGUUGACCAGCGGAACUAGUUCUUCUUCUUGCAGCUCUGUGAGCGGAUCAUCAUACUAUCAUGGCAUCCACUUUGCCAAUCGGGCCCCCGGCAGAGUGGAAUGGCUGUAAGACAGCUUGAGAUUGCAGCCGACGAGUCGACGGAUGGAGCGACUAGUUCUUCCUGAAGAAUUGAGGAAGAGCCUGAGAGUGUGGUCCUAGUCGGUGCCUUCUGUAAAGGUUCAGCCGAUUUCACACCUGUCAAUGGGUGGGCAGUUGACAAGGGGAGGGCGUUCGUGGGAUUUUAGCAGCCUGUGGCACAGGUGUCAGCUACUAGCUAGUGUUGGCGGGCUGAUGGGGGAGAACGGGGGAGAGAGGGAAAAAGUAGGGAUAACCGAGGGUAGUCCUGCAAGUUACAGUUUGAUUUGAUUCAAAUUUGAGAGCCGUUGCGGUGACAAAGCAGGCAGGCAUUGCUGUGGGCCAGGCCAUGGGACGUGAUGGUAUGGAAGGAGCGGAACGUCAUGUGGUAGGGGGGCCGUGGGAUCGUCAUGCGAUGUGGUACUACGGGUCAUGAAUCACAAAGCGGAAAUGGGUUUGGAAGGCUCUGCCAAUGCCUGCCAUUGAGUUUGUUUGAGUGCAAUUGUAGGCGAAAGCCAGGCAUUCUUGUGGGUGUAGACCAGGUGAUCGGGCUUGAUAUGGAACAUGAUGUGUAAUGGGAUUGAGUGACUCACGGAGUAGAAACAGGGCUGGGGCGCGGGGAACUUGGUGUGAAAUGGGGCACGGAAUACUGAAUAUGGAAGUGGAGAUGCGUGUCGGAAGGUUUGAACACGAGAUUUUUUCGCAGAGGAGGCAUCAUUGGGUUCAUCGCAGCUUUAUAACAGGCAAUGGAGCAGCCUGCGGAACAUGAUGUCCGGAACAACAGGGCAUGGAAGACAAGUGCGAAGGUUCGAACCAGCGGUUAUAAAGCUUCGGUAUGAGGUGCAGCAGGGCAUGAAAGACGGUGGAAACGCGUCUUGGAAGGGGUUCAAGCCAGCAGUCACAGGGCAGUUGUUGUUGUUGCGGAGAGGUUUGGGAACAUGAUGUAGACCAGGGCAUGGAAGUCAAAUGCGAAGGUUCAAACCAGCGUUGAUAAAGCUUCGGUAUGAUGUGGACCAGGGGGGCAUGAAAGAAGGUGGAAACGCAUCUCGGAGAGAGUCCGAACAAGCAGUUACAAAGCAGUUGUUGUUGCGGACAGGUUUGGGAACACGAUGUGAAACAGGGCAUGGAAUACUGAGUGGAGAUCGGGAUUGGAAGGGAGCGGGGUAGCUGGAAUGUGUUUCAACCAGCAGUUAACAAAGCAGUUGUUGUUGGGGAGAGGUUUUCGAACACGAUGUGAAACAGGGCAUGGAAUACGGAGUGGAGAUCGGCACUGUAAGGUGGCGGUGUAGGUGGAAAGGGCAUAUUUUUUCAGAAGCUUGGCUGGCUCAGGAGAGGAGGGUUUUGUUAGUAGGGUCCAAGCGACGCCAGAGCUGCAGGAGGUGAGUGCAUUCUCAGCGUUGUCAGCGGCUGGCACAGCCUGGCAGUGUCCUAAGAAAAAUGCUUGGGUGUCGACUCUACAGUGGUCCUAAGUUUCCAGGCUUGUCUUUCCGUGAGUGAGUGAGAAUUCUAGGAUAGCGCUUGAUGACAUGUAGAAUACGAAAGUGUAUCUUCAGCACUGAGGAGGAUGAUCACUGCCCUUUGGGGUGGGGAAAGGCCACAUUGUAUGAUUUUGAUUGAAAUGAAACCCAUUCCUUUUU